AUGUCAGAUGUGUUUUCCAUUUUUAAAAAAAAACGAAUAAAAAACGCAAAACUGUGCAAAACGUCUGUAAAAAAAAACAAGGGAAAGAUUUUCAUGAGUGACAAGUCCCGUCGGAAGGCCUACGCCACGAACCAAUCGGUGAGCAGCAACCACAGCGGGUUCCUCCACAAGCACAGUAGUGAAUAUAACAACGCACCAGGGGGGGGAGAAGAAGGAGUAAGAGGCAGCUCCGUACCAAGCAACCACAGUGGAAGCCUGAACGGCGUGGUGAAGGAACCCCCAUUCAGCAAACUAGCGGAAAUCGAAUUAUCCAACAGCGAAGCGAACGUUGUUGUGGAAGAUUUUCCAAAACUUCCUGUGAAAAACAUAGAAUCAUGUGAAGAGGUCUACAACAUCUUCUACCUAAGGGAUCAGUAUCUCAUAGGAAAUAAAAAUAUCCAAAUAAAUAACGACCACCUGAUUCUUCUAGAGACGACAUUAGACAAGCUAGACGCAGCGAUAACGGAUCUAGAUACGGAGGAAAGUUACUCCACCAAGAAGGUACUAACCAGUGUGUAUGAAAAAGUAUCUAAUCUGUAUAGGAGUUUUAAAAGCAUGAAAAGUUUACCCCCCCAAUUGUCCAAUGCGUAUAGUUGCUUCCAGAGCAAUAUUAUUUUUGUGAAGGGGAAGCAAUUUAAAAAAAACUACGUGUUCGACAAUUUAAUUAAUAUAUACACAUAUCUGCAGAACAGUGAACUCCAACAGGAUAACAUCGAGACGAUAAACCAAGCCAUUUACAUAAAUGAAAAAAAUGUAUCCUCUCCUUCCUUUAUGAACAGAAGUAUUCUCACUUCUAAUGAACAGGUCCAGGAACAUAUAGAAUUCCUCCCCAUGAAAUUUAACCCACAUUUCGUAGAAUUGAACAAAAUUUCUAUUUACUACCUUUUCGAAGAAUCCAUUAACCACAUCAUUUGGCAGAAGGCGCUAGACGAAUUAGUCGUUGUUAAAGCGCUGGCAGAUAUUCCCUACUUGGACCUAUCCGAAGUGGAAGGGUUCGACUUUAAGAAGAUGAAGUCGGGACAAAGGCAAUGGUAUCCUGUGUAUAUUGCCAAAGAAUUAAGUGAGGAGGGACUUGCCACAGUCGAGUUUCCCUUCUGGUUUUACAUCGAUAAUUUAAAAAAUAUUUACAAGAGGGAAUUUGAGGAUAUGAAUGAGCUGACCGAUUUACCAAGUCCCUUCUUCUUCGAAAUAUCUUCCAUGUUUUUGGAAAACAACGCGUUUAAGAACUCCACGCCGAUUGAAACCAUAGGCCAGCGCACCCCCUACAAGUACAUCCUCAAGGUGGCCGGCCUCAUCCAGGACAUACGGCAGAAGCGCAUUCACAAAAUUAUGAACCGGUUUAAGAACUGCGAUGUCCUGUCCGAAAUUAUGCUCAUAAAUAACAUCCAGAUAUACGAAACGUAUUGUGUGAAUUACUUGGCUUCCGUUUUUUUCCAGAACAAAGGGUCCACUAGUUCCGUGUCCGAUUCCUUUGACGUUCGCAACUAUCUCUUCGAUCCCUUUGUUUUUAGUGCCUGA